AUGUUGAUCAUUGAUUCUUCUCAGCAAUACGACGAAGAAUUAAAAAUUUUGUCCGACGGAAUUGAAGAUCAGCGUAAUCUGAUAGAUCGAUUGAGAUUGGAUAAUCAAACAGAAAUGUCGGGAAAACGAAAGAAACUCGAGGAUGCCAAAGAAAGAUUAAAAUCAACAGAAGUAGAGUUGAAGCGUGAAGAAGAAUCUUUAAAAUCAUUUUUACGUAAUGGGUGUGAGCGUGUUCUGAAACACAAGACUAUAAUAGAGAAUCGUGUUAAAGAAGUUCAAAAGAACACGAAGGAAUGGUCUGUGAAAAUGAGGAGUGCUAUUCCCGAGGUUUCCUGCGUUCUUUCCAAUGAAGAAAUCGACAGGAUUGUAGAAGAUAGCCAUGAAGAUUAAGAUAGCCAUGAAGAUUAAGAUAGCCAUUUAUUUCUUAAUCUUCAUGGCUAUCUAAAUGAAUAAUAAAUGAAUCCACAAUGAGCGACUUUAUACGGCGACACUUACAAAACCAAA